GUUUCCCAGUAACAUAGCUCAGAGCUUGCUAAAAGCAGUUAAGCAACAAAAUGAGGUGGAAUGUGAAUUGCUUCUUUAUCGUCGGCCUCUCAGUGGACAUUGUACUUGCUAAUACACAGUGCAGACGAGAAAGAAGCAUAGCUGGAAUGGCUCUGCGAGGAUUUGUUUUCCAAAGGUUUUCAGUAACAGCCAUUCACGAUUGUGACAUUGGCUGUGGAAGAGAAAUCAGAUGCCAGAGUUAUAAUUACGUAGUAGGUGAAAAGUCUUGUGAACUGAAUAGCCGGACCAAGGAGACAAGGCCUGAAAAUUUUCAAACAGACGUUGCUCGGUUAUACCACAUGCGUUUUUUUGACAGGGUUCCACUAGGAUCCAAUUCAGAGCUGCCCGCAGAGUCGUGUCGGGAAAUAAAGAAUGGUGAAGGCCAAGACGCCAUUAGCAACAAGUACUGGUUGGAUCCAACGAGAAGUGGGAGGGCCACUUUAGUUUACUGUGACAUGAAGAUAGAAGCUUUUAUCGAUUCUGUUAUCCUUGCGGCGAAUAGUACCUUCGUGAACGAUUUGAUGCAGUUCCUUGAGCCCGUUAUCAAUGAUAACGGGACCAGCAGCUGGACAAGAUGUUAUCAUGCGCUGUCAGAUGGAUGGAAUACAACUGAAUUUCACAUCAAAUGUGAUGACAAAGGACCGACUGUCACCAUCGCAAAAGUCGGCGAAUAUGUUUUUGGAGCAUACAUUAGUGUAUCAUGGACGGACCGUUACCUCAAUCUUCUUUUGCAAGACCUGAUACCUACCAAAUUCCUCCUGGGUGUUCUAAAGAUGGGAAAUGCAAUUUCUAUACUGGCACUAUUGAUUUCUAUUUAACAGACAUGGAAGUAUUUAAUAUCAUAAAGGAAGGCUAAUUCAUCAAACCGAUAAACCACGGUAAGGUUUCAUGGAGAAAACACUUUGUAUUUCAAAGCGUCACUGUGUUUAUCAUUCAGAAACAUUAGUGUGUUCCUUAGCGGUGUCCGAUUGCAGGUUAAAUUCUUAGAGCUAACUUGAAAAUCAUCAGCAAUGUAUGGCAAAUAAUUAUAAUCGUCGAUGUUUAGAUCUAGGAAGAGAAAUGUUAUAAAGAAGAGUUUAAAU